CUCUUUCAAUAAGCAUCGCAGAUAAAAAUGGUUCAGGACUUUUCAACUUAACUUUCUAUAAGGAAUAACUAUGUUCUUAGUGAGCGGUGGAAGAGAAACACCUUGUAUAUGUGUAUUGAUGUAUAAUGAGUUUAUGUUUUGUUUUCAGUUGGUGCUGUUCCAUUAAAAAAAUAAUUCGGUGCAAUUCAGGUAAGUACAAUUGUACAUUUUUAUAUAAAUCAAAUAUUUAUUACAUCAAAAUAAUCCCUGAUGGUGAUAUGGCCAUGCUAAGGUUUGGAAAAAUCUCUAGACUCUAUUUAAUGAAAUUUUUAAAAUUUCUUUCUGAGACAAUAUACUUUGGACCUUUGGUAAUUAGGAAAAAAAUGAGAUAAUACAUUCAAUUCAAACUAUGAAAAGAUAGCUUAUUCGCAAAAGUAUGCAUUUUGGCCACAUUAAAUACAUGUGAAGGUAAUGCCAUCUCUUUUUGCACUCUUUUAAAAGUUAAUUGUUCAAUCAUUAAUCAAUACAAAUUAAGACAGUUUUUAACAGGAAUCAUAACAGUUUAUGAAAAAAGACAUAAUUUUUAUUAAGAAAAUCACAAAAUUAAAUUACAAAAAUAACUUUGUAAGAAUAAAAAAUAAAAUGUGUUUACUUUAUUAUUCUUCCUUAACCCUCCGUCGUCCAACUGUACACUUGAGUGACGUGCUGAAACUACUAUUGUAAAUUUCACCGAUGUGGGAGGGGCAGGGAGGCUAGCUCCUAACCUUAAAAAAAGUUUUAGAUGAGAUCGUCAUUUGGAAAAAUUAGCAGCCAUUUUCGUUAAUUUGUGUUGACGUGUCACCAGGUUAACAUUUAGUGCGUACACUAAAAGGACCAGUGGGACGACGGUAUUAGUAUUUUCCGGAGUAAGUAAAUUACGAUUUUUAUAAUUUUUUUACGUUUUUUUGAAUGUAUUUCAUUACAAAAUAUCUUUCUAAAAUUAAUAAAACAUUAUGGCGUUAAGAAAUGAAAGUGAGAUGAGAUAUUUGUUCCGCGAACGUACAGAACAAUGUUAUGAUGAAAUAUCUGACGAUGAAUCUAACGAAGAUAGAGAAGAAGUAGAGGAAGUGUUCGAAGAUGAGCAAAACGCCGAUGAAAACCCAGACUUUGAUCCAACUCCACAGCAAAUGGUCAAGCGAUUCGAUGAUGAAUCAGAUGACGAUAAUCUCGAAACAACAGCAGCAAGCAAGGCAGAGCGUCGUCGUUCCAUACUCCGAGGCAAAAACAAAUUCAAAUGGUGUAUAAAUGCACCAGAUCCUCGAGGACGUCGUUCGUUGAAAAUAAUAUUGCCAUCACUGAAAGAUAAAGCUAAAGAUGUCAAAACACCUAUGGAGGCCUGGUCUCUACUUUUAGACGAUGAAAUGUUAGAAAAAAUUAUCAUACAUACCAACGAAGAAAUAAAUAGAAAAAGUGUAACUUUGAAAGAUGCACAUUUCCAUAAUAUGCUUUAUUUGAUAGAAUUGAAGGCCUUUCUUGGGUUACUUUAUUUUAGUGGAUUACAAAAGUGUAAUCAUCAGUUGCUCAACGAUUUAUGGAGUCCAAUGUAUGGAAAUACUUUAUUUCGUGCAGUGAUGACUGAACACGGAUUCGCUUUCCUACUCGGCUGCAUACGUUUUGAUGAUAAAAACACUCGCCAGGAGCGCAAACGUGAACAUGCUCUAGCACCAAUAAAAGAGAUAUGGGACAGUUUUAUACCCAACUGUAAGAAAUACUAUUCGCCAUCUACCAAUGUUACAAUAGACGAACAACUUCUCGCUUUCUGUGGAUGUUUUCAAAGCAGAGUAUACAUAGCUAAUAAGCCCGACAAAUACGGCAUAAAAAUCGUUAUGUGUAACGAUGUCCAAACUAGCUAUAUGAUUGAUGCAGAACCUUAUGUUGGUAGAGUCAACACCAAUGAGUCUAUACCCAGCUAUUAUGUGAAGAAAUUAACUGAUACUAUUCACGGAUCUAAAUAUUGUCCGAGAAAAAACAAAGUUGUGCUGCUACUGUCCAGCUUACAUAAAGUAGGUAAAACCAAGAAAGGUGAAGAAAAGCCCGAAAUUGUGACGUUCUAUAACAAAACUAAAGGAGGAACUGACACUUUUGACCAAAUUUGCAAAAAUUACACAACGAGUCGUAUGACAAAGCGGUGGCCCAGGAGAAUGUUCUACGGUAUGCUGGACCAGACCACAAUUAAUGCAUUCGUAAUAUAUAAUUUAAAAGCAGACAACGAUUCCCUGGAUCGUCGGAGCUUCCUGAAAGAACUAGUAUCAACAUUAGUGAAACCACAUCUAGAACAACGUUUACAAGAACCAACUCUUCGGACCAGCAUCAAGUCAAUUAUCACGGAAAUUUUAAACAUUGAGUCAGAAAUACCGGAAAAAAGGCCAGACAAGUUGAAGAAGCGAAGGAGAUGCAACUCAUGCCCAUCAAAAGAUAAUAAAAGAACACUAUUUUGCUGUUUGAAAUGCGAUUAUUAUAAAACAACUGAAGAAAAUGAAGAUAAUGAAGAGGAAUUUGCACCUCUUCAGACUGACGAAGAUUUAUUACAAGUUAAAGAAAAAUUAAAAGUCUGGUAUUCUUCAAGAAAAUUAUUAAUAAAGAGCAAUUGUUGUACAUUGGAUAUCUCACCUUGUUUCGCGUCUUCUCAUCCAGAAACGGCUUCACCAGGGCUAGGGUUGCCUGGACGUAUAACGGCGCCAAGAGGAAGUGUAUCGCCUUGA